CUUUUCCAAGCAAAUUGGGAAUUGUGGCUACUAUCUUUCGUAUAAUCGUCUCAUUUCUCUUUGAAUAUUAUCAAUAAUAUGUCAUUGAUUAAUCGAUAGCACUGAAAAAAUAGAAAAAAAGAGAGAAAGAUGUCUGUGAUCAUUCCUUCAAAUUUUCAAGAAUCAUGAACGACACGCAACGCGUGUUCGUGUUGAUGAGCGAAUAGGAAGGACGAAACGUGACAGAUCGUUGCGAGGUGUGCCGGAUCUUGUGGCUGUUCAACACGGAUUAAUUUUCAUUGUUGGAGGAUUGAGUGAAAAUGAAGAGACAGAAUGUUAGAACUUUAUCAUUGGUAGUGUGCACAUUCACGUAUUUAUUAAUUGGUGCCGCGGUAUUUGAUGCGUUAGAGUCGAACACGGAAAGGAAACGGUGGGAGUUUCUUUCGGAGGUUCGUCGGAACAUGAUGAAGAAAUACAAUAUCACGCAGGAGGAUUACAGAAUGUUGGAGAUCGUAAUAAUAGAAAACAAACCGCACAAAGCAGGUCCUCAGUGGAAAUUCGCUGGUGCCUUUUAUUUCGCCACCCUUGUACUCGCUAUGAUAGGUUACGGACACUCGACGCCAGUCACCAUAGGAGGUAAAGCGUUCUGUAUGGCGUACGCCAUGGUGGGCAUUCCUCUGGGUCUGGUAAUGUUCCAAAGUAUCGGUGAACGUUUAAAUAAAUUCGCCUCGGUAGUAAUCAAGCGGGCGAAAACUUACAUGAGAUGUAAGAAAACAGAAGCGACUGAGAUGAAUCUAAUGCUCGCCACUGGUUUACUCUCGAGCAUAAUUAUCACGACUGGAGCGGCUGUGUUUUCGCGUUAUGAGGGAUGGAGUUACUUCGAUAGCUUUUAUUAUUGUUUCGUUACACUAACUACCAUUGGUUUUGGCGAUUAUGUCGCAUUACAGAAUGAUCAUGCACUUUCUAAUAAACCUGGAUACGUGGCCUUAAGCUUAGUUUUUAUCCUAUUUGGCCUGGCCGUCGUUGCUGCCAGUAUAAACUUGCUUGUACUUCGUUUUAUGACAAUGAACACAGGUGAUGUUCGUCGCGAAGACAACGAACUUCAACCGGCUUCUCAUCACGUUUUAACACUGGAUGGCGAGGUGGUUGCAGUGAAUGGAAAAAUAUUAGCCAGCCACGUGCCUAUAGUUCAUGAUACAGAUGACUGCGUGAGCGUAUGCUCGUGCACCUGUUUAGGACCACCCAAUACCGAGCUUCUAGACCAAGGUUACCAAGGAUACAGACCUCCUUCGACCUCGAGCAUUCGCGUGAAACGCGCAUCAGUCUGAUGGAAGGAGUUUCGUCGUCGCAGCUUACGUCGUCGAUUAUCGAGAGCUGAUAGCAGAGAACUGCUUGGUAUCGAUGUAUAAUAAAUCGACUCAAAAUAGAUGUGAACACAUGGAAAUGGUCUGUGUCGAAGAAUAGAAUGAAGAUGGAAAUAAUUUUAUAAUCGGAAUUUUAAUGGAAUUUUUGAAAGAUGAUUCAAAUUGGACCGAUAUUUAAAAUUGUGUUCUUAGGACACUUAAGACAUUUGAGGACUUGUUCGCGCUCAGUCAUCGAUUUUUGAAAAGAUUUUAAUGAGAAACAGUGAAGUAUGUUUCGAGUACGAAAAAUAAUUAUUCGGCUCAUAUUGUAAUACUAUCAUUAGACGUAGAAACGGAGAAGAGGAUGUUGGAUCGUUUGUAAACGAUUUUGUAACGAUUUCGUACAUUUCGUAUCGUACCAUUGAUAUCAAAUUUUGAACCGAAUUCAUAUUGUGUCGUAUUUAUUGGAUAAUUAUAAGAAUGACGAGAAUUAUAGAUUAGUCGCAAUGUGAAAGUUAUUAAAAAUUGAAAUUGGAGGAUUGCUUUAUAAUUAACACUUUACUUGAUAAUUAGAUUUUCUAUUAUUAUUUUAUUAUUUUUUAUUAUUGAAUUUUUAACAUGAUGACUAUGAAAUAACCAUUGCUCAAAAUAUAUUUUUAAAAAUAUAAAAUUAUAAAAUUUCAUUUUUUUAAAAAUUGUUUAAUUUAUUAUAUUUUUCUUUAUAGAUGUUUGAUAUUAUUGUGUCGCGUAUAAUAUAAAACAUUUUAAAUAGAAUUCAAUGAAAAAUGUUGUUAAAUCUUAACAUAAUAUUUUAAAUACAAAGCAAUCCUCGUAAAAGACAAAAUAAUCCCGCUUUAUAAAAGUAAAAAAAGAAUGAAAAACUCGGAUAUUGUUAUGUAUAAAAUAUAAACAAUAUCCAAGCUUCGUAACGUGAUUGUUAAACGUAUAUAUACGACUCGAUGUUUGUAUAUUAGUAAACGUAAAUACGAAAGUCAUGGUAAACGAUAAAUCUAUAUAUAAAUUGACAAAAGAGAAGUCGAUAUUUAGAAAGUAGCAUGAUUUUGUAAAAAAGUUACGAUCGUAAAUUAAUCAAUAUUAUUUACAUAUACAUAUUUAUUCAUACAUGUUAUUAAUUUAAUAAGAUUGUAAAUUAGAUUGAUUUUUUUACGAUCGAAAUUCGAAUGAUAUUUAUUAUGCUCACGGCGCAAAAAACGCACCAUAAUGUCGUAUUUUUUAAAACUAAUAUUAGAAUGUAUAUCAAAUGAUAGA